CCAUCCCAACUCAACAUAACCUUUUCAUUCUUCUCGUCCUCAUCUGCCUCACUCUCUUCAUCACAUACCAACUCCUCUAACCUCUACAAUAUCAUUAUAAUUGCCCAUCAUGGCUCGCAAGUUCUUCGUCGGCGGCAACUUCAAGAUGAACGGCUCCAAGUCGUCCAUCAAGGAGAUUGUCGAGAACCUCAACAACGCUGACCUUGACAAGAACGCUGAGGUCGUUGUCUCCCCUCCUGCCCUCUACCUCCCCCUUGUCCGCGAGACUCUCCGCAAGGAAAUCGAGGUUGCCGCCCAGAACGUCUACGACAAGCCCAACGGUGCUUUCACUGGCGAGAUCUCCGUCUCCCAGCUCAAGGAUAGCGAUAUCAACUGGGCUAUCCUCGGCCACUCUGAGCGUCGAACCAUCAUCGGCGAGUCUGAUGAGGUCAUCUCCUCCAAGACCAAGUACGCCACCGAGAACGGCCUCAAGGUCAUCUGGUGCUGCGGCGAGUCCCUCGAGACCCGUGAGGCUGGCAAGACCAUUGAGUUCGUCUCUGCCCAGAUCGAGUCUCUCAAGUCUCAGAUCUCCGACUGGUCCAACAUUGUCAUCGCCUACGAGCCCAUCUGGGCCAUUGGCACUGGCAAGGUUGCUACCACUGAGCAGGCCCAGGAGGUCCACAAGGCCAUCCGUGACCUCCUCCGCAGCAUCAGCGACAAGGUUGCUGAUGAGACCCGCAUCCUUUACGGAGGCAGUGUCAACGAGAAGAACUGCGGCGAGCUCUCCAAGCAGGCCGACAUUGACGGUUUCCUCGUUGGCGGUGCUUCUCUCAAGCCUGCUUUCGUCGACAUCAUCAACGCUACCAAGCAGUAAACUAAUUAAUUCAAAAGUAAAAGGGUUUGUUCCGUUACGGUGCUAGUCCCUGGUAUGAGAACAGAUAGAUGAUGAAUGAAACAAAAGAUUAUACCCAUGA